AUGGGCGGUGUAUCAUGGUUCGUACGUGGUGCUGUGGCUUUGAUUUUAACUUUGGCCAACACGGCUGGAAUGGCGCCGGUCUGGUUCUGUAAAGGUGUUUUGAUUUGGUCUAAAAAUCCAAAAGUGAGUCCAAACCCAAUACAAUGGAUGUUAACAUUUACCGCAAGAGCGAUGUUAUUCUGGUUAGCGAAAGUAGGCUGUCAACCUGCUCUCAAUACCAGAACACCAUCAAGACUACGAGAUUGGAUCUUGUGUAGAAGAUUUGCUUGGAUUCAACCAGCACCAGUCAAAACAAUUGACGCAAGCUCUAAAGACAAAUUCACCUUUGAUGAUACCGGCCUUCCCGUUCGAUUAAGACCGGAAGAGAUCACCAAAAGAUCUGCUGGACUGUGGUACCUGAACCCACAAGAAAAGUAUGUCAACGGUCAACUACAAAAAGCAACAAGAAAGACCCCAGUUCUACUCUAUUUCCAUGGCGGUGCAUACAUCACGUUGGAAGCAGGCGAUAUCUUUGUAGGACUCACGUUGGCCAGAUUACAAGCAAGAUUUGGAAAAUUGGACGUAUUUUCCAUCAAUUAUAGACUUGCACCUGGAUCCAAAUAUCCAACGCAAUUAUUCGAAGCAUUUUCUGCAUGGAAACAUUUACGUGAAUUAGGUUAUGAACACAUUUUGAUAGGAGGAGAUUCUGCAGGUGCAAAUCUUGCUUUAACUCUUUGGAAAUAUUUGCAAGAAGUUGAAGAGGAUUCGGCAGCCGUUAGAGGAUUGAUCCUUCAUUCUCCAUGGCUAGACAUGCAGGGUUUCAAACGACAGGCAUACAAAGACAAACUUCACACUUGUGCACUUACGCCCGAUUACACCAUAAUUGGCUUCAACGCCUUGCAAACGAGAGGUUUACCAAAAGCGGAAGAUCCUUGGAUCAGUCCGGUUCAUUGGGAUUCUAGUAUUCUCUCUAAACUUCCUCCUGUCAUCGUCACGAAUGGAGGGGCAGAAGCUUUAAUGGAAGAAGCAAAUAUCUUUGUCAGAAACAUCAAAUCUGCAGGAAGAGAUGUUGAUCAUUUCAUAAUGCACGACAGAUUGCAUACUAACAUCAUCCCUUCUCCCUCUAGCCCGAACACCCUCACGAUUUUGGAGCGAUGA